CGUGGCGGUGGAGGAGGAGGAGGAGAAGGAGGAGGAGGAGGAGGAGAAGGAGGAGGAGGAGGAGGAGGAGAUAGUUAUAACUUUUGAAAUAGCGUAAGAAGAAGCGAGAGGCCGUCCCUUUUCGGCCUUUUUGUUUUUGGUUUUGGAUGUGAGAACUAUGACAGAAACAGAGUGCUCGUCGAUGAUUGCCAAAGGGGUGGUGGAGAUGGAUGAGGAGGAAUUCAUAGCCAUCCUCGGAAGGGCAGCUGCAUGGAGAUAUACCCAUGCACCCCAUCCACCUCCACUACGUAAACCACCAGUAGCGCCUUCUUCUCCUGCGCAUCGCCCACCUCUACCUCCACGUCAUUCACCGCCCCGGUGGGCCAGGCCACCGCCAUAUCCACCGAGCCCGGCACCACCAUCACCAUCUCUAUCACCUCUUCCUCCGCUUCCCCCCUCUUCUACCUCAGCUGCUCCUCCCCCUCCUCCUUCUCCCUUCUCCCCACCUUCUCCUCCACGUACUCCUUCGCCUGUUCCACUUCGACGCAAUCAGCUGGCCACGUACCGGCCCAGCGAAAUCCCCCCAUGUGGAAUCAGUCCGUGUGAAAUCACCCCAAGUGAAAUCACUCCUUGCGAAAUCACCCCGCGCGAGACCGAGCCAGCGGACGCACAACUAUCAAUCACUGGCAACCACCUCGCCAACGCGAACCACGUGGCAAAGAAUGUGAGCCACGUGGCAAAUGCUAACCACGUGGCAAAUGGUAACCACGUUGCAAAUGGUAACCACGUGGCGUAUGCGAGCCACGUGGCCAACGUGGACCAAGGACAGCAAACAGCGUUAGCUGGCGGAUCUUUUCAAGCCUCUUAUUGUCCAGUGCCAUCAGCAUCACCACCUUUAGCACAAGAUGAAGGAAUAGCAGCAGUGGUAGGGGGAUUAGAAGUAGGCACAGGAGGAGGAGGAGGAGGGGAAGGAGUAGUAGGAGGAGGAGGGGCAGGGGUACCAGCAUCGGCAAGCGAAGGGAAAAACAUAACCUCGCUGGGAAUGCUGUCAGAAGGAGCAGCUAUGCCGUACAAUGGACCGGCUGACACGUGGCAGAAUGUUGAGCCAUCGUUAUCAAUUGCGGAUAAGCGGGAGCCACGUGGCGGGUCAUGGAACCGGGACGGCGUGGAGGCAGAAAUGACUUCUCAAGCAGGAGGAGAUUUUGAAGCAGUAGAGAGACGGAAAGAAACGUUUGAAGCAGCAGCAGGAGGAGGAGGAGGAGGAGAAGGAGGAGGAGGAGGAGGAGAAGGAGGAGGAGGAGGAGGAGGAGGAGGAGGAGGAGCCGAAGGAGGAUUAAAGAGAGUCGACCUAACGGACGUGAUCAACGGAACACAGCCUCCUACAGGAGAGAGGGAGGGAGGAGGAAGAUUAGGAGGAGGAAGAUUAGGAGGAGGAAGAUGGGGAGAAGGAGGAGAAGGAAUAGAAGACGGAGAUGGGGGAAGAGGAGAACGAAUAGUAGGAGAAGGAGGGGGAGAAGGAGGGGGAGAAGGAAGAGAAGAAAGAGAAAAUGGAGAGGGCGGAAGAAGAGGAGGGGGACAAGGAAGGGGAGAAAGCGGAGAAGGAAUAGAAAGCGGAGAGGGAGGGAAAAGAGGAAGAUUAGAAGUAGGAGGAGGAGAAGAAAGAGAAGGAGAAGAACAUGGAAAGCGGGUAAGAAGAGGAGAAGACGAGGACGAAGACGCGCGAGCGGGCAUCAGACAGUCGGAUCUCUUGGAUUCGAUACGGCCACAGUCAGCAGAGGCAGACGGAGUGGCAUUAGGAAGAAGUUGUGGAGCAACAAGAGCAAUGGUCGGCGUGGAACGAGGAGGAGGAGGAGGAGGAGAGGGAGGUGGAGGAGGUGGAGGAGGUGGAGGAGGUGGAGGAGGAGAGGGAGGAGGAGGAGUGGCAUGGAGAGGACAGACGAGUUGGAUGGAGAUUAACCAGCCGUCUGUCGAGAAUGGAGAAAGACCAGGAGGAAGAGAAGACGAGCAAGAGGGCGAAGAGAGGAGGAGAGGGGGAGGAGAGGGAGGAGGAGGGAGAGGAGGAGAAGGAGUGGCGUUGAGAGUACAGACGAGUUUGAUGGAGAUUAACCAGCCGUCUACGAGUUUGAUGGAGAUUAACCAGCCGUCUGUCGAGAAUGGAGAAAGACCAGGAGGAAGAGAACACGAGGAAGAGGGCGAAGAGAGGAGGAGAGGGGGAAGAGGAGAAGGAGAAGAAGAAAGCUCAUCAUUGGCAGAAGACACAUGGCUGAGGGAGAUGAUGCCGACGCCACCUUUCACCUCCUCGACUGAUACUCUUUCGUCUUCGAUUCAGCCAACCACUCCUCUCCCCGAGCUGGCAUUGGACUCGUCGUUGUCGAAAGCGUCUGUGGUCCCAGGGUCUGUGGCAAUCCCGACGGACGAACAAAGGGGAGGGGGAGUAGCAGGAGAAGCAGAAAGAUCGGCAUUUGCAGAACAGGCGCCACGUGUCACCUCGUCAAAUCAAUCUCUUUCUUCCUCCUUCCACCCAGUGACCUCUGACCGAAGGCUGUCCCAAUCCCGACAAUCGGGAUUGGCUAUGGCUACGGCAAAGGAGGAGGAGGAGGUGUCGAAAGCGUCCGUGCUACCGAAGGCUGUCCCACCAAUCCAGACAAUCUCCAAUGAAGAGGCUGACGUAUCUGGUCUAUCAUCGGGGUCGCCACCGCCGUUGACGUCAUCUUUGUCAUUCAGAAGAGCAGCGCCUCCAAGACUAUCGCUUCACAAGAUCAGAAGCGAGCAAAUCCAACUAAGGAUGAACGAGGACCAAGGGGAUGCGACGUCAUCGUCAUCGUCAUCACGAUCAUCAUCAUCAUCAUCAUCAUCAUCAUCAAAUUUGAUUGGCAGCAGAGACAAUGAAGAGAAGGAAUGGCAGACUGCUGCUGCAGAGGAAGAUGAGAGAUUGAGUCAGCCGUCAGCGGCGGGGCUUCCCGUGCAUCGCAAUCUCCUCCUCAGUCCAGAUACGUCAAUGACGGAAACGCCACCACCUCCUCCUCCUCCUCCUCCUCCUCCUCCUCCUCCUCCUCCCCCUCCUCCUUCCCUUACUACGGCUACAGCGACGACUCUUGCAAACCUCCUGUGUUUCCUCCCGUCGGAGGAGCUGCCCACUGCUUUGUCUAACGAUGAUUCCACCGCUCCUAUUGCGCUAUUAAGCCAUCAUCUUCCGCUCAAUCGCAAUUACGAUGAUCAUGAUGAUUAUGAGCGUUAUGACCAGCUCGUUGAUGGGACGGUGGGUAUGAGGUCUGAUAGCGGCGCUCUGGCUGCUGAAGCUGCAGCUCCCGUCUGCCGAGUUGCUGUGCCAGUAGUUCGACGGGGAAUCGCGAUCGGGAUGGAAGCCAGCCCGCGGACCGUCGGGUUGUCGCGCGAAACGUCGGUGGCCGGCGAAGAGUCUGAGCAGCUUCUUCCUGAUGGCGAUGAAGAUAAUGGUCCCAGGUCGAGGAAGAGCUCAAAGUUGGCCCUGGUCGAGGAGUACUCAACUGAGCGGUUUCAAGUAAUUGCACGCCCCUACAGUGAUGCUGACGAUAGUGAUCAGGAAGAAGGACAAGAAGAGGAGGAAGAAGAAGAAGAGGAGGAGAUGGUAGGAGAGGAGCGGGCGAAGGUCGCGCCGGACGAGAUGACUGUCAGUUGUCCUUGUAGUUGUACAUGCAUGACGGGGCGAUUUCCAAUCUCGCCGUUGUUACACUCGGCGACCUAUUCUCUUUGGGAGGAGGAGGAGGAGGAGGAGGAGGAGGAGGAGGAGGAGGAGGAGGAGGAGAAGGAGAAGGUGGACGCAGAGGAGGAGCAGGAGGAGGAAGAAGAAGAGAAGGAAGAGGGCGACGAGGAGAGGGGACAGGGGAAGACGCAGAAGGAGAAGGAGACGGAGACGGAGAAGGAGAAGGAGAAGGGGGAGGGGGAGGGGGAGGGGGAGGAAAAACUUUCUGCUCGUUGCCUUCCUUCUACUCUGCAGUCUGUCGAUUCGACGUCAAUCGCGGCCGCUCGUCACGGUUGUGAUGAUGUGGGUCAUCCAGAGCCGUUGAUCUUCGGCAUGAUAGGGCAAUCCUUCGGCGAAGAGGUCGGCAAUGUAAGGUCGUCGACCAUCGCAGUUGCUCCGUCUCGACACUUCGUCGGAGGAGAAACUGUCGUCGGAUGGAAGGAAGAAGCAUUCGACACCCAACGGGACGCUUAUGGGACCGAGAUUGCGAGAGGCGAGCCAUCGAUAGGAGGAGCUGGCUGGCAGGCGAACGGAACUACCGGUAGGGUUGAGCAUUUGAAUGACCAGCAGCAGACUGCACGACCGUUUGUCGCCGUUAAGCCGGCGGCAUCUGACGGCGAAGAGAUGUCAGAAGCUUUGGACACAGCCGGCGACCGUCAGUCUAACGGUGAGGACAAGCCAGACGGAGGCGGAGCGAUGGGAGCAGAGGCGGUAGGUGACCAAGACGAGGCAGCAAGCACCGGCAGUCCGCUUCCGCGUUCCGAUCGCUCCGCUGAUCGCUAUCCCGAUCGAGUUGCCAUCGCCGGCCCCCACCCCGGCCCCGACAGGGAGGCCUCAUUCGAACUACUGAUAGCCCAUCCCCAUCCCGCUACUGGGUCCCUUAGCAAUGGGUAUUAUGGCUCCAAUCAACGUGGAAGUGGAGGUAGAGAAGAAGAACAACAGCAAGGAGAAGAAAAAGAAAGGGAAAAAGGAAAAGAGGAAGAAGGGAACGGUCGUCGAACACAUGAGCUUUGUGGUGAUGUGAAUGAUGACGAGUAUGAGAUGUUCCUCGAUGCUGUUGCUGACGUGUUUGUGGAGCACCUGACCAUGCGAUCGUCUGCCAAGGAGUCCACCAGUCGGGACGCUGACACGUGGCAAUUGUCCAUGUCCGAAUCCACGAAAGGUGGGAGAAAAAGAGAGGAGGAAGAAGACAAGACGCUGGCUGGUGAGAGAAGAGAGGAAGAAGACGAGACGCUGGCUGGUAAGAGAAGAAGAGAGGAGGAAGAAGACCUGACGCUGUUGGCUGCAUCAGGGAAGGAAGUUAGACGACGUGCUUCUCCGUCGUCUCCAGAAGAGCACCAACCUGUCGUUGACGUCAUGAGUAAAGAAGCUAUCCCGAUUGAGUCCGUCUCGACGACGACUGGAGGCGCUGCCAGGGAGCCGCCGUCCACGUGUCAUCAGCAUGACAGUGCCACGUGCCAACCCACAGGUGAGUCUCCGCAAGUCAGAAGAGCUUCUGAAACCAAACCAGAUCUCUUCAACAGCUACCGUGCUAGACGUUAUCGCAGUCAAAGUGAUUUCCAUUACACUUGUCCACCACUCGAUCUUCUGCCACAGCACAUCAUCAACGGUCACGCUUUGCAUCCCCCUCCUCCUCCUGCUGCUCAUCAUCAUGCUCAUCAUCAUCCUCAGCAUCAUGCUCAUCAUCAUGCUCAUCAUCAUGCUCAUCAUCAUGCUCAUCAGCAUCAUGCUCAGCAUGGUGAAGAUCCUCAUGAUCCUCAUCAUCAUCAUGAUCAUCAUGCUGAUCAUCAUGAAUAUGGUCACCAACCUGUCGAAUCUGCAGUCGAAGAACAGUUCAGGCUGGGGGUUUGCCACUACCACGGAGUGGCGGGGCAUGUUCCGAGGGACUUGAAGAAGGCAGAAGCAUGCUUCAGACUAGCGGGAUAUGUCGGGGGAGACGACAGAGCUAGGGUCAUGGUGAAUAGGUGUAUCUUAGCGGCGCGAAGCUCGACGGCUCAGGCUCGAGGUCGAGCGGAACGAGAACUGUCGGACGCUGCGCGUCGGGGCGUGCCCGGUGCUGCUGUCAGCUUGGCUCGGUCUUUCCUGUACGGCCGUCACCGGAGGGACCCUGCCGAGGCCGCCAAAUUGCUCAUCAAGGAAAUCCAAUCCUCCUCCUCCUCCUCCUCCUCCACGUGCUAUUCUUCUUCUAAGCACGGUCCAUGCGGCCGUGAAGAAUUGCAGACUUCUUCUCCUCUCAGUUCUCUGACUUCCGUCGGUGGUGACGACAACAAGAAGACGGAGGAAGACAGCAACUCCAAUCAGAAGGAGAUGAAAGAGACCCGCACGGCGAAGGCGAUGGCGGACAAAGCAAACCUGAAGAAGGACGACGAGGACAAGAAGGUUGAGGAGGAGGAGGAGCAGAAGAAGGAGAAGAAGGAGGAGGAGGCGGAGGAGGAGAAGAAGAAGACGGUGGAGCAAGAGCAGGAGAAGAAGAAAGAGGAGGAGGAGGAGGAGGAGAAGAAGAAGAAGACGGAGGAGGACGAGAGGGAGAAGAAGAAAAAGGAGGACGCGGAAGAGAAGAGGAUGACACAGGAGGAGGGGAAGGAGGAGGAGGGGAAGGAGGAGGAGGGGAAGGAGGAGGAGGGGAAGGAGAAGGAGGGGAAGGCGGAGGAGGAGGAGGAGGGAAAGAAGAAGGUUGAUGACGAGAGGAACGUAGAUGGAGGACAUAAGAAUUGCAGCAGUUGUAGUAGCAGUAGCUGUAGGGAAGCCAAGUUCUUGCUCAGCCAGAUUUACAUCCAUCAUAUGCCUGAUAGACUGGAAGAUGGCCGUCGUUUAUUGCUGGAAUUGGCAGCAGAAGAAGAAUCGGGCAGCUCGUUGGCAGUUGCGGGGCGCAUUGGUUUGGACAUGGGGCUGGAAUAUCCGAACAGCAUUAUGUUCCUCGUGGGUGUGUGUUAUCUCGACGGGCUGUACGGGUUCGAGAGAGACUGGCCCAAGGGAUGUCGAUUUGUCUUCGAAUGCGCACGCAAAGGCCAUCCCUUGGCCAAGAUUGUAGUUAGCACGCUGUAUGCUGAGGGGCUGCGAGUGGAGGUAUCGGAGGCCAAGGCCAGGAACUGGGUGAUGAGAGCAGCAGAGUGUGGGUGUGGGGAGGCAGAGACGUUGGCAGGUCUGGCGUUCAGGCACGGAAAGUUGGGCUGGCCUCAGGUUGAGCAGCUGGGUCUGUUUUUCCUGAGGAAGGCGGCGGACCGAGGCAACUGCUUCGCCCAGAUCAUGCUCGCUAUGCACUACGAAGCUCAGAGCAACUUCGUCGAAGUUUCGCAGAAAGUACCCCAUCACCAGAAGAAGCAGAGGCAGAAACAUCGCCAUCAGGAGCAGCACGAUCAUCCGCAUCCCCACCACCACCACCACCAGCAACAGCAGCAGCAGCAGCAGCAGCGAGAGGGACGUCGGAAAUGGUCCAGGGGGAAUGGAUCCACGGCAGCUUCUUCUGCCGCCGAAACCGCCGUCAAGAAAUUCUCCAAAACCUUAUCCAAAACCUUAUCCAAAACGUCCAGAACCUUAUCCAGAAACUUAUCCGAGAAGUUCCCCAAAACCUUUCCCAAACGAAGCGUAUCCGAAAAAAACGAAAAGUUUCCCAAAACGAACUUGUCCGAAAACUCGUCCGAAAAGAUACCCAAAAGCUUAUCCGAAACGUUAUCCGAAAAGAUACCCAAAACCUUAUCCAGUAGUUUUUCGAAGAAAACACAUGGGAUAUCCAAACGCCUCAAAUCGUUGGUCUCUAGAGACUCUAAGAGUGCAGGAGCAGCAGCACGAGGAGGAGAAGAAGGUGUUUUUACGAGAAAGAAGUUCAGCAAUGCCAUCCCACCCUCCUUUUCCGCUAGCUCAAUCUCCCUUCCAAGUUCUCCUCUUCACCCCGCUCUGCUCAGAGGUCAACCACCCUCGUCCCCUUCGCACACCAUCCCAUCGAUUUCUCCACCCCCUCCUAUCACCCACCUCCUCCUCUCUCCCAUGAGAUCGAUAGGAAAAGCAACCGCAGCAGCAGCAGCAGCAGCAGCAACAACAACAGUAGGCGAAGGAGGAGGAGGAGGAGGAGGUGGUGUACCAACGAGUAGCCCCGUUAUUGCACCCUCCCCGACGGAUCUGCUUCUCUCCCCAAGGGCAGCGCGAGCAACGGUCUUAAGCAGCACCGCCAUGGCCACCUCCAUCCCUCCUUCUCCGUCCUACCUCCUCUCCCCAAGAGGAGUAGGGCCAGCAUUAUUUCCAGGGGUGCCAUCCCCCAUGACCAUCCCCGCCUCCCCCUGUCACUACCCUCUUUCCCCUACACCAGGAGGAGGAGGAGGAGGAGGAGGAGGAGGAGGAGGUGGUUCGAGGAGGAACAGCAUGACUGCGGCUGCCGGGGAGGACAACGCUGCCGCUCUCUCCUGGUAUCUCAAGGCCUGGGCCAAUGCCUCCUACCUGCUCGAGGACGUUGACGUCAACAUUCCCCCCGACCGGCGCAUAUGGUCGACUCUGGCCAUGAGCAAAACGACAACGACGUUCGGCGGCCCCUCGUCCGGCCGGCCGGGGUCCGGAUGGGAUUACAGGCGGAUAGCAGGCGCGCUGGUGCGCGCUUCCACGAAGCAUCUCGAGGCUGGUGAAUAUUCCAUGAACUAUCCUGAUUGCCAUUACUUCUACAGCAGCGGUCGGCUGUCGAGAGAGUGGGUCUUGCAGAUGUGCAACAGGGCUGACCAGCUCAUCGAGGAGGCUACGUGGAAGAUCAAAAAAGCACAUGGUGGCGGCGGAGGAGGCGGAGUGGGAGGAGGAGCCGGCGGAGGGGGAGGAGGAGGAGCUGCAUGGGGGGGUCAUUAUGCGGUGGACUGGCUUGUCAAGGGAUGGAGAGAGAGUGGACGUGGACAUCUGUUAGACUACUACGAGACGUUUAGCAGCAUUGUUUGUCGCGCAUACGAGACUGCAACGGCAGUGCCCGGAGGCCAUGGCCGAGCCACACUGCCAACGACAAUCGAGUUCUGCUCGUUGGCUGUCGACGUGCUGACUCGUGUCAUUGCACCUGGCCAACUGGGAUCUGCGUGCGCAUCCUCUUCUCCCUCCUCCUCUUCUUCCCCUCCGGGCGCCUACUGCUCUCCUUUCUCCUCUUUCUCUUCCUGUUCCUCUCCCACCUCCUCCAUCGUCAUCGCCAUCGCUGACGUAGCUCGGGCGACCACCGGUGAGGAAGCUUCCACGUGGCUCGAGGCUGAGAGCAUUGCCGCCUUGGCUCGUGGGUCCAAAACCGCAGUUGACGUCAUCAUAAAAGAAACGGCAUACUGCCUGUCUUUCAUUCGUAAAUCCGACAUGGACCAAAUGGAUAAGAUGAAGUCGCUUUUCCAAAUGGCGGGAAUGGGAACCGGGACCCCGGCGGGUGGUGGCGCUGCAGGCAGCCAUGUGCCACCGCAGCAGGCUCCUCCUUCGAAGCAGGAGAAGGGAGACAGGCUAGCACGAGCGAAACGGGGCAAGAGCACCUCGCCCUCCACCCCGAGGAGUCGAGACACACCCGGCACCUGCACCACCUCCUACUCCUUCACCCAGAUCCCUUCCUCCGGGCCCGACGACGCCAGCUCGACGGGGAAGAAGAAACGACCAGCCUGGCUUGGCGCGCUGCUUGCAGCGCGCAAGAUGAUCGAGCGAAGCUUCCACGUGGCAGGUGCGACUGGCUGUCCCGACGCUACUGCUCGUAAUCCACAGACAGAGAAACCUCACCCCUCCACGUGGCCUUUUCCACCUCCUCCCUCUCGCCCUCCUCCUCCUUGUCCUCUUUCUCCACGUCAUGCUCCUUCCCCUGCUCCUUCUCCUUCUCCUCCUCCUCCUCCUCCUCCUCCUCCUUCUCCUUCUCCUCUUUCCGCUUUCUCUUCUUCUUCUGCUUCUUCAUUUUCUUGUUCCUCUUCUUCUUCUGCUGCUGCUGCUGCGGCUUCUGCUUCUAAGCUCUUUCCCUCUUCUUAUUCGUUUGGUGCGCGGCAGACGAAGCCUCCAGCUCGCGAUUGGAUGGCCGUGGCUAUGGCGGUACUGGAUGCACUGCAGCUGCUUACGGUAGCGACACGUGUCAGGAUAUCAGCAACGUCGACUGGACAUUGCAACGAUGGAGAUACGGUGACCAUAGCGAAGAUCUUGCGUCAGAGAAUGACCAUGGCGGCCUUGCGGAUGAUGCAGGAGGAAGAGGAGGAGGAGGAGCUGGAGGUGGAGGAUGACGAGGAUGAUGAACAAUAAGUUUGGGAGAGGAGGGUGUGAUACGCGAUUUUCUUUUUUUUUUCCCUUUUAACGGUUGAUUAAUUUUAGCGAUC